AUGUCUACACCAAACACUGACACGUAUUUUACGUCCACCCUGCGCAUGGUGGAUGAGACUCGGAGUCCAAUCUACACGCCUCCUUCAACUCCGACGCUUGAAAUAACAUCUAAUAUACGCCCAUCUGACGACGUGGCCGUAAGAGAUGGGAUUCUUGCGCUGAUGACACAUCAUGAUACACCCGAAAGUAAAUCGACGGUCAGGAUCAUUCGAUCUGCGUCUCAAAAGCUCGAGGGACAGGAAUCAGCUCUCAGCCCAAUCAUUGAUAAGAAUCAGGAAAGCGAAAGGGCCCCAGUUCCCUGCUCUGCACAGAAUAUUCAGCAGCAGCAUCGUGUAGCUGGACAUACCGCCGUUCCGGGAGACACUGUAAUCAGUGCCGCGCAAGUCGGAGAUUCUGCGGAGAUGUAUGCGUUGAGAUACGCGUAUGAAAACCGUCUUCACGCUGUCAGCCUUGACCUCCACCAAACAAGAGGAGAGUUGGAGGAUGUGAGGAUGAUGCUUGCUUCUUCUAUGCUUGAUUAUGACAAGAUGGUCACCGAAUACCACGAGGUAACGCAAGCAUCAAUCCUAGAGCGCCAACAGACCGAGGCCCUACUCGAACAAGCAAAGGUUGAGCUGACUACAAUUAAAGAAGCUUAUCGGCAGGGGGUGGAGCAUGCAUUUGCGGAACACUGGAGGUCCGAAGCGAAGAUUCAUAGCUUGGCAGUUGAGGUUGAAGAGGCAAGGAGGUUCAUCGCGGAGCAAGCUAAGAUCCAACAUGGACUUGACAUGCGCUUAAAGUCCGAGACUGUCUCUAGAGAGCAGACGGACAAGAAUAUCGACACAAUGCGAAGAUGCAUGGAAGAUAUCCUUGCUCAAGAAACACAACGGUUCUUAGAAGAACGUGCGACGGCGGCGACGGUCGGAGCCGUGAUCGAGGAACUCAGUACCCAGCUUGAUCAUGGGAAUUUUGGUAAAGCAGAAGAGCAUCACUUCGAGGUCAAGGCUCAAGGAACAGAACCACCGCAAGGGGCGGCCGUGCACUCGCAAAAUGGCUAUCAUACGGUGUUCCUCACACUUCGCAAUCUCAUUUUCCAUCUUCAAGAACUUUGCACGCAUAUGAGAGGAAAGGGUUUAAUCAUUGACUUCUUAGGUUCAUUGAUUUCUACCUUGAGGACACGAAACGUGGACGGCGCAGGGAACCUGGCCGAUAUGAGUGGUGUACAAACUGCGAGCGUACGAUUGUCUGACACGACUCUGUACAACCGCCGUGAGACCCUCUCAAAGGCGCAGCAGGAGAGAAACGAUGAACUGGCCCAACACAGAUUGACGAUUAAGUUGCCGUGCGCCGGGUUAAAGUCAAUAACUAAACCAUCCAGCAUCUCGGUCAAAGGAGAUGAGUUAAAGUGA